AUGGCCGACGCGAGCGACGAUGCUGCCACUUACUCACAAAAACGUCGUUCACCGCGUUGUCUCUUUCGAUCUUCGAGACAAAUCGAGUCCACGACGAAUUUCGCUGCAGCGAAUUCUUCGACUUGUGCGGUCUGGGGACUUCCGGAAGAAAUUGUGUUUCAUAUUGUGACGUUCGUUGCUGCCCCUACCACCCGUGCUACAGUAUUGUGCCAUCAAAUUGCUCCGCUCUGUCGCGCUUCCUACAGGGCAUUACUGAACAACCAGCAAAGUAGUGCUUCUUUGUGGGAUAAAGUGCUGCGAGAAGACUAUGGCGUUUCUCAAUCGAUGGCUGAUUCUCGUCGAUCCUGUAAGCGCCUUCGUCGAUGUCCCGUCGAACGCGUGCGAGAUGCACACGUGCUCAUUCAGGAUAAUACAGAAAUCGCUUACUUUUAUCUUUCGGAAAUGGUUCAGAGCAGAUGCAAAGGAGAUUUAACCAGAAGCAAAAUGUGUAGACUUUUAGACGAGUAUGGACCCCAUUUGCGUACUAACACUGUCGUCUCAUCGGGAGGGACAUAUUUGGUUGAAGUUUGUCGAGCGCGCAAUGUCAAAGAGUCCACAAUUCUUGCGUGCGUCAAAGAAUUAGUGGAAUCGCGUGGUGCUCAAGUGGAUGUGCUAACGCGUGAAUCUCCACAAUCUUCACAAACCGCACUGUGCGUCGCAGCCGCUCGCGGAAUGUCAACUAUUGUCCAGUACUUAUUACAAGUUCAUAGUGCAUCCCGUGACGAGCGAUCAUCGGGGCGCUUUCGGCUCCAUACAGCACCGAAAAAGACCAUCUCUUUCCGUUUUCAAACAGCCUUGGAAAUUGCCGAAAUGAUGAAAGACGCGGAAAGUAAGGAAGGGGCAACGGCGCAAAGUUUGGUGAGCCUGAACCAUUGCAUACGGCUUUUGCGUGAGGAUAAUCGAAUUUGA